AGACUAAGGAAAUAAAUAAAGUUGGUAAAACAAUUGUUUCAAUACAGUUAUUCGUUGUUGGCUCUUGUUAGGAAGAAGAAUAAAAAGUAUAAAAGCCAAUAAGGCAUGAGUUUCAGAAAAGUACUUUAUAGAGCUAUAUUAAUUUUAAUUUUUUCGUUGACGAUCCUCAACAUAGUUUAUUACGUUACAAUUAAAAAUCAAAGAGAAUAUUCAAGCAGGGAAGUUUUAAAAGCUUUCAAAGAAAAUUUUGUAAAUAACAUUUCAAAUGAAAAAGUGAGUUGGGAAGAUUUGGAUUUCAUCAAUUAUGAAGCUACAAGAGUUGGACCUGGUGAACAGGGACAUCCCGUCAUUGUCACUGAUCCUGAUGAAUUGGCAAAGAAUCAAGAAUGGGUAAAGAAGGAAGGAUUUUUUGUUGAUGUCAGCAAUAAAAUUUCAGUCACACGCUCACUACCAGAUCAUAGACCAGCGGUCUGCAAAACACAAAAAUACUUCCAAAAACUUCCCAAUGUUUCUGUGAUUGUGACGUUCCACAAUGAAAUUCCUAGCACACUUUUACGAUGCGUUCAUUCUAUUUACAAUCGAUCACCAAAGCAACUUCUUCAUGAGAUCGUCUUAGUCAAUGACAUGAGUACUUUCCCAGAACUUAAUGGAACUGUUCAAGAAUACAUCAAAAAGACUUUUGGGGAAAAGGUGAAAAUCAUCGAGAAUGAAGAACGACAAGGUCUUAUCAAAGCUAGAAUGACUGGUGCGAAAGCAGCAACUGGGGAAGUUAUAAUUUUUCUUGAUUCUCACAUGGAAGUUUAUAAUUCGUGGCUUCCACCUUUACUGGAUCCCAUUGUAACAAAUCCUACAUUUGCAACUGUCCCUGUUGUUGAUGGAAUGAAUCAUGAAACUUUUGCACCUCAACAUGUUGGUUAUGGCUUUAGAGGUGUGUUUGAUUGGAAUUUUAGAUAUCAAUGGCUGCCACUUCGAUCGAAGGAUAAAAAAAUCGAAGGCGCUCCUUAUGAACUUGCAUGUAUGACUGGUGGAGCAUACGCCAUAAGAAGAGAACAUUUCUUAUAUCUUGGUGGAUAUGACGAAGGUUUGCUUAUUUGGAAUGGAGAGAACUACGAAUUAUCAAUCAAAUUGUGGCUUUGUUCUGGAGGAUUAUUCGAAGUUCCAUGUGCACGUGCAGUACAUUUAUCGAAAGCCCAUUCUGCAUAUCGAAAUACAAAGGAAGUAACCGAUUUUGAAGGGAGAAAUCUCAAACGCGUUGCUGAAGUUUGGCUUGAUGACUACAAACAAUAUUUCUACCGUGGCAAUAUCAAUCGAUACAAAAAUCUUGAUCCUGGAGAUUUGACAGAACAAUUCAAGAAGAAGAAGAGCUUAAAUUGUAAACCUUUUCAAUAUUAUCUUGACGAAGUGGCGCCUGAAAUAUUAAAAUUUUAUCCAAUCACUCCACAAAAUUUUGCCGCCGGGAAAAUUCAAUCAAUUGCCAGAAAUUUGUGUCUUGGUUUGGUGAAACGCAGUUACAAAAAACCAGUUGAACUUUUCAAUUGUAAUCAGACAACUGGACUGGAUUUCCUUUUCACAUUUGAAGAAAGUAUAAAAUACAAUGACACAUCUGAUCAGUGCUUGAAUGAAGCGACUUUAAAUUUAUCAAAUUGCAAUCAUCAAAGAGGUUCACAGAGGUGGAAAUUCGAUCUCUCAACGCGACAAAUAAUUCAUCCUCGUAAGAAUGAAUGCUUAGAAACUAAGGAUGAUGAUAAUCAAAUAUCAUUGUCAAAGUGUGAUGCUGAUCUGGUUGAGCAACGAUGGAAAUGGACUUAUGAGAAUACAACAGCUUUAAUGGAUUGGGAUAAAUCUGCAAUAAAGAUCGAUUAAUUCGUUUCACAUUAACUUUUUACAUGCAUCUAUGAAAUUUUUAAUUUUAGAAUAAAAUUUAUAAAUGUUUUGCAGA